AUGUCUCCCAAUAGACGAACCAGCACUACGACACGCAAAUGGACCAACUUUGAGAAACAUACCCUUCUCUGUCUCAUGGCUAAGGGUCUUCACAUUGAAGAUCGUAGCAAACGAUCUGACGCCCCUGGAGCUGCGAAAAAGAACGCAUAUCUGGAAUUUGCUACGGCUCUUAACAAUUCCGUCUACAAGAACGAUUUCGAGAAGGAUAUUAGCAAGAGAGAGGUGACAAGGAUGAUUGACAGGAUGUUGGUGGAGCGCAAGGGGGUUGUCGGUCAGGGUGGCUACAUGGAACGAGCGACUCGAGGUCGAAUCACGAGGGGCUUGAAGAGAUUGUGGGACAGGCCUACUAAGUUCGAUUAUGACGGCAGUUUGAGUGAGUGGAAUCUUUGGCGAAAAGCGGACGAAAUGGAGAAGCGCAGCAUUGUGGAUGGCAGGGCUUUGAACCAAGACACUGCUAGUAUGCAAGGGUUGGAGUGGGGUCAUGAAGCAGAAGACGAUGUCACAACAAGAUCAAUGGUCGACCCUUGGAAACAAGCCGAUAUAGCUGCUGCUUCCAGCCGAGUCAAAUGGCCUGGAUCUAACCAAGCAGCUCCGUCAGCUGCACCCAAUGUCUUCCAAUCUUUCAAAGACUGGAAUGCAGCAAAUUCUGGAACAGCGGCUCGACCAGCUACCCGUACGGGCCAUGACUCCUUUCACAAACUUCCCAGAAACCUUCGUGACUCUUCCAAAUACGCAUGGGCCAAUCCCAAUUCCCAGCCAUCUUCAAGACAAAUUGCUUCCCACUCCGGCACCUCAGACAAUUCCAACAAUCCGCCCACAGGCUUACCCAGUGGUUCACGAUAUCGUUCGUCCCAAAACGCGGCCUCUUAUCCUCAUUCUUCCAGCCAGGGCCACAUCUCCGACCAGACGGCUAUGAAUCUAGGCCUCGAUCUUGCAAGCACCUCUUCGUCUUCACAGCUACCAGACACUGCUUCCAGCAUAAGUGGUUCCAAUAGUAUGGGACUUUUUGUUUCCAGUAAGCCUCAAGGCUCCAGCCUCAUAGAGAACGCAACGUCUUCAAGUCAGUCGAGUGCGCAGAGCUCACCGAUGGACAUUGAUGAGCCGACAGAGGAUCCGAUUCCACAUGACACUCUUGAAAGGUUAAGUCAGCAAGAGGAUAAAGAUCACGAAGAGAUGGCUGUUAUGAAAGCUCCAAAGAAUGUGGAGGAUGACAUUAUGACGGAUGUUUGA